UCAGAAGUCAGCAUGGAAGAGUCCAUGAAAGCUCAGAAGGUAUAUAAUUUAGCUUUGGCAUGGGAUAGGGGAGGAGGCAGAGCACAGACUUCCCCAAAGAGGUAAACCAUGAGCUGAUCUUUGAACAAUGAAUAGAAAUUAGCAAGGCAAUGAAUACUGAGGAGGCUGGAAAGUGGAGCAGCAUAACUUUGUCAGAUAUCAGUUUUCUGAUCCUGUGGUCCACCUAGCUGAGAAUACUACCAGGCUCUCCUUAAUACCACAGCUGGGAACGUCUUACACGAUUGCAUCUUUUUCUUACCUCAUUUUAUGCAUUAAUAGGAAAGCAGUCUCAUCUGUGAUGCUGGGGCCACCCUACAAUCACACGAUGGAAACCCCUGCCACCUUCUACCUUGUGGGCAUCCCAGGUUUGCCAUCUUCACAUCUUUGGCUGGCUAUCACACUGAGUACCAUGUAUACCAUAGCCCUGUUAGGAAACACCCUCAUAGUGACUGUAAUCUGGAUGGAUUACGCUCUACAAGAGCCCAUGUACUAUUUCCUGUGUGUUCUGGCUAUCGUGGACAUUGUUAUGGCCUCCUCCGUAGUGCCCAAGAUGGUGAACAUCUUUACCUCAGGAGACGGCUCUAUCAGCUUUAAUGCUUGUUUCACUCAGAUGUAUUUUGUCCAUGCAACCACAGCUGUGGAGACAGGGCUGCUGCUGGCCAUGGCUUUUGACCGCUAUGUAGCUAUCUGUAAGCCCCUACACUACAAGAGAAUUCUCACACCUCAAGUGAUGCUGGGAAUGACUGUGACCAUCACUAUCAGAGCUGUCAUAACCAUGACUCCAUUUAGUUGGUUGGUGAGUCAUCUACCUUUCUGUGGCCCCAAUGUGGUUCUUCAUUCCUACUGUGAGCAUAUAGCUGUGGCCAAGUUGGCGUCAGCACAACCCUUUGCCAAGACCAGGUGUGACUUACUAGUUCAGUUCAUUUUUAUUGCUAAUGCUCAAGAAGCCACUUGGAAGCCUGGAAUUGCUUUGCUUCUGCCUAUACGUAACCUCGUAUCCACUUUGCUAUACAAUGCUACCCCAACGGUCACUACCUUCACCCGAAAACUACACCAGAGGUUGUGUCAUACAGUCACAGUGACAAUAUGUGAUGUACAGCUUAUAACCCUCACAACGGGCAAAGCCAUUAAUUCUCAUACUUGA